AUGGUCAAUCCUGCUGAGUAUUGGAAAUUCGAGUCGUUCGCCCAAAAACAGGACGAGAUAGGGACCUUCGCUCUAUACUAUGUCAGCUUCCUUAUGAUAUUCGUCCUCUCUAUGGUGUGGUGGCUUCCGGUGGCGGGCAGAGAUGAUGAUGACGACGAUCCGGCCAAGCUAGCGGAGCUACCCGUCUAUCACAGCAUCGAGAAGGAAUACGGUCGGCUGCUAGGGUCAGCCCGGAACAAGGUUUAUCUCGCGAAAAAUGCCAUCACUGUUCUAUUCGACGGCCCCGGCGGAAUUGUGGCAGGCUCAAAGGUCCCGGUCAUCGAAGCGACUGCAUAG